ACAUGAGGGAGACACCUCACCACCUUUGCAUGCCCUCUCAUUUCAUCACCAGAGGGACAGGACUCCCGUCCUUCUGGUCUCUUCUAAAUUGUUCCUCCCUUACUUUUCUCCCCCUUUAUUUAUUAACUGCUUCCCUUUCCCUCUGUAGCCUCUACUACCAAUAUCAAUAGCAACAAACCAGCGUUUCUCUUUUUCCUUGUGACAUUCUUGCGCAUACAUUAUUUUUCUAUAUAGAAAAACUAGUCAGGGUGUCUGACUCACCUAUCUUUCAGAAGAGAGACGAAAAACACAGGAAUUCUUUGUGGAUGUUUUUGUUGGAUUUGAUAUCAUCUUGAUUUUGCACAGAAAAAUUAAGUCACGGUUAAAGUUACAAGUUCAAAGUUAAGGCAUUUUGCCUCGGCAUCCUUGUCGUGCACGCUCGCGGGGGCAUAGAUAUGCGUGUGUGCGCGGGAAUCUGUUUCAAGUUUUUAGACAAGCAACUUCCUUACUUCUUCGUCAAAAUACAGGAAUGGAAGAACCAAAAUACACUGUGGCAUCUGAUAGUGAAACCACUGGGGAGGAGAAAUCUUCACCGGCUUUUGCAGAAAUUGCAAUUGGAAUUGACAUUGGGACUUCGCAGUGCAGUAUUGCAGUCUGGAAUGGCUCCCAGGUAGAGCUCCUAAAGAACACCAGAAACCAAAAGUUGAUGCGAUCAUAUGUUACCUUCAAGGAAGAAGUCCCUUCAGGUGGAGUCAGCAAUCAGAUAUCCCAUGAAUAUGAAAUAUUAUCUGGAGUUGCAAUUUUCAACAUGAAACGACUGAUAGGCAGAGUGGAUACUGAUCCUGUAGUUCAUGCGAGCAAAAGGCUUCCAUUUUUGGUUCAGACUUUGGAUAUUGGUGUUCGCCCAUUUAUUGCAGCUUUAGUGAACAAUGCUUGGAGAUCCACCACGCCUGAAGAAGUCCUUGCAAUAUUUCUGGUUGAACUUCGAGCCAUGGCUGAACUUCAGUUGAAGAAGCCCAUAAGAAAUGUUGUUCUAACCAUUCCAGUGUCAUUUAGCAGGUUUCAAUUGACACGGAUUGAACGUGCUUGUGCCAUGGCUGGCCUCCACAUCCUCCGGUUGAUGCCUGAGCCGACGGCUGUGGCAUUGUUAUAUGCACAGCAACAGCAACAGACUGUGCAUGAGAAUAUGGGAAGCGGAAGUGAGAAGAAUGCCCUUAUAUUUAACAUGGGUGCUGGUUAUUGUGAUGUAGCUGUUACUGCCACUGCUGGAGGAGUUUCACAGAUUAAGGCUUUAGCAGGAGCUGCUAUUGGAGGUGAAGACAUGCUACAGAACAUGAUGCAGUAUCUCUUGCCAAACUCAGAGAGCCUUUUCCUGAACCACAAAAUCAACGAGAUCAAAUCGUUGGGGUUGCUUCGAGUAGCAACUGAAGAUGCAAUCCAUCAGCUCUCCUCGCAGAGCAGUGUUCAGGUGGAUGUUGACUUGGGAAAUGGAUCCAAAAUAUAUAAGGUGGUCACUAGGGAGGAAUUCGAGCAAGUGAACCUUGAGGUGUUUGAAAAGUGUGAGAGCCUCGUAAGACAGUGCUUGCGUGACUCAAAGGUAGACAUAGAGGAUUUGACUGAUGUUAUACUUGUAGGCGGAUGUUCAUAUAUCCCAAAGAUAAGAAACGUUGUCAAGGCUGUGUGCAAAAGAGAGGAACUUUACAAAGCAAUAAAUCCAUUGGAAGCUGCAGUCUGUGGGGCAGCACUAGAAGGAGCAGUUGCAUCAGGAAUCACCGACCCCUUUGGAAGUUUGGAUCUGUUAACAAUCCAAGCUACCCCCCUUGGCAUUGGAAUUAGAGCAGACGGGAACAGCUUUGUCCCAAUCAUACCUAGAAAUACCACAAUGCCAGCAAGGAAGGAGUUGUUAUUCACAACCACCCAUGAUAACCAAACCGAAGCUCUAAUCCUUGUCUAUGAAGGUGAGGGGACAAAGGUGGAAGAGAAUCAUCUUCUGGGCUAUUUCAAGAUCGUGGGAAUCCCAGCUGCACCCAAAGGAGUUCCAGAGAUAAAUGUGUGCAUGGACAUUGAUGCCUCAAAUACGCUCAGAGUUUUUGCAGGAGUGGUGAUUCCAGGAACUGAUCAGCCAAUGGCACCGUUUAUGGAAGUCAGGAUGCCUACAGUUGAUGAUGGGCAUGGCUGGUGUGCUGAAGCCCUGAACCGGUCAUAUGGGUCGACUCUUGAUCUGGUUACCGUGCAGAAGAAGAUGUGAAGGCGAGGGUGAUAUUCUAGAUUGCAUCAGUUUAGGAAGAUAAAAGAGUGUCGAAAUGAAAAGUUGUUUACGUUUUACAAGAAUGUGAGCUUGCUGUAACGAAUAAAAUAAUACAUGUAUAGAAUUUGACUUUGAUGUUAUUUAGUUUCACUUCAAUCUCUUAUAACCAUAAAUGAUUCAGGAACGUUAUAGAGAUAAAAUCUAGCUGCGACAUAUCGACUCAACGAGUUUGGAAGGGAGACAGAUUUGAAGUACAGUUAGAAGUUUCAGUUU